AUGUCGUCCCGCUCCAUGCUCGCCUUUGUGGCGAUGCUGAUCGCGUGCGCGAGCACCGCGAACGCCGUGGGCGAGCUCAAGCCCGUGGACUACGGCGAGGUUGUCGCGGUCGAGCACUUCAACAUCGACGGCGUCAUCGACGCGCGCGGCAUGCGGGGCACGCGCAUGUCCGACAUCAAGAUCACCGUCGUCCUCAACGGCGGGCAGAAGAUCGCCACCCGCCCGCGAGCCGACGGCACCUUCAGGAUCCUGGACGUUCCCCCGGGGAUCCACUUCCUCGACACCUUCGCCCUCGGCUACACCUUCCCGCCCAUCACGCUGAAGCUCCUGACCAACGGCAAGCUGCAGGCCGAGUACGCCGAGGACCCGGACGAGCUCCCGGCCACCAACCCCCUCCGUUUAAGGCCGGUGUCAACCGCGGAGUACUUCGAGGCGAGGGCUGCGGCGUCCCCUGUGGCCAUGCUCAAGAACCCCAUGGUGCUGAUGGUCCUCAUGACGGUGCUCAUGGCGUGGGGGAUGCCGAAGAUGAUCGAGAACAUGGAUCCGGAGGAGCUCAAGAUGAUGCAGGAGAGGAUGGGCUCGCAGCCCACGAUGCAGGACAUCUUGUCGGGCAAGGCGACGGCGGACGCCGCCGCCGCAGCCAAACCGAAAACCGGAGCGGAGCGACGCGCGGAGCAGCGCGCCACCUGA